AUGAUAGACUCAGUGAAGGAACAGCUAGCCAAAUGUCCUAUAUGCUGUCGCACAAAACCCUCUCGCGAGCGCCAAGGUCAACUGCAGGCACUGGAGCCGCCCAAGAAACGGUGGCAACACCUGGCUAUGGAUUUCGUCACAGACCUCCCUGAAUCCAACGGCAUUUUCCCCGGCGCCACAAGCAUUUGGGUCUUGACGGACCGAUUGACUAAGGAGAGACACCUAGCGCGCCCUGCCACAGCAGAAACAGAACAUCUGGUCAGGAUGUUUAUUCACUUUGUCGUUCGCAGCCAUGGCCUCCCCGAGUCAAUAGUGUCCGAUAGAGGUCCACAGUUUGUCAGUGAAUUCUGGAAUAGCCUAUGUAAAAGGCUAGGUAUUAAAGCGAAACUAUCCACUGCACAUCACCCAGAAACAGACGGACAGUCAGAACGAGUCAAUCAAGCAAUGGAGACUUACCUACGAAGCUAUGUCAACUAUAUGCAGGACGACUGGGCCGAAUGGAUCGCAUUGGCCGAAUUCGCUAUGAACAACUAUAAGUCAGAAUCCAUAGGCAUGUCCCCGUUCUUCGCCAACAAAGGCUUCAAUCCCAGGAUGAGCUUCGAUCAAGCUGAGACCCCCCUCGACCCCCGUGCAGAAGAUAUCUCGACAUUCAUGAAAGAACUCUUAGACCAUUGCCACGCAGAACUAGUUUGGAGCCAAGCGAAAACCACAGAUGCAGCAAACAGAAACCAGAGACGACACCCUGCCCCAGUAUACCAUGAAGGAGAUAAAGUAUGGCUGAACGCCAGAAACAUCCGUACACGACGACCAUGCAAGAAACUCGAUGACAAAUGGAUUGGCCCAUUUGAGAUUAAACGAACCAUAGGAUCCACAGCCUGCGAAUUGGCCCUGCCCUCGUCCCUGAGAAUAUUCCCCAUUUUCCACGUUGCCCUGUUAAGACCAUGCCAUGCAGACGUUCCCCCGAGACCCAUAGUGGGUAAUGACAUAUCCGAUGAAACAGAAUGGGAAGUCGAAACCAUUCUAGAGGGUAAGCUAUAG